ACUUAAAAACUCGAUAUCACUCAACAAUCUUAGUUUUACAUCCUGUGAAUGUUUUCGGCACCGCUGACCCCUCCCCCCAGCCGAGCUCGGAGAAGUUAGUUCGUGAGAAUUUCUGAAUAUUUUUAGUUCUUAAUUUAACUGUAAUCAUGAAUUCACAUAUACCUUACUGUAUUACGUCUCUAUUUGUUUAGUACUAUUUAUUUAUUUGUUUGUUUGUUCCAAAUUUCCUCAACACAAAACAAGCAUUUCUGUAAACAAUUUCGACCCUAAUUUGUAAUGUCAUUGUAACGUCCAGGAAUAGGAAACUUAUGUUUUAAUAAAUGUUUUUAUACUCAUUCACCCCUUUUCUAUACCACUUAUCUUGUUCAUGGUAGCUGGGGGCCUGGCGUCUAUCCCUGGGGACAGAUAUUUACACACAAGAAUUUGAAAACACCCAAAUCAUGAAUGACUGUGAUGUCAGGUUACUUAAAUGCUUUGAGUGGGCAUAUUCCACAUCAACAAUACCAACACUCAUUAGGAUUAAUUUGUGAAAGAGUGAGGAGGAAUUAUUUUCACACAUAAACUGACCACCAUAGAUUCCUGACCUUAACCCCAUUUAAACUCAUUGGAUAGUGCUGGAGUAGACUUUAUGGAGUGGUUUGACUCUCCCAUCUCCAGUAGAAAUCUCUGCAAAAAUCCAUGCAAUUUUGGGUGGAAAUAAAUGUUAUGCAACACCUGAAAUUUAUAAAGUUCUAAUAAUUAUUUUCUUUCAGGUGAGCGUCACCUUGCUUUUUUUAUAAUUUUUGCUGAUAAGACCCACUACAGUCGAGUUGUUGAUUUAAGACUCAAGAUUCAAAGAACUUUAUUAAUCCCAGAAGGAAAUUUCUUAUUCUUGGUUACUGUUGCUCAUGAUUGUUAUUCAGUAGAAAGGAAACAAUAAUAAAUAAGAAAAAAAUAAAAUAAUUAUCCUAAAUCAGUCCUAAAAUUAGUAAGUACCAGAUUGCACACUAAACUUUUUGAAUGCCUUAUUUCACACUAAAUAUGACCCAAGAGCAAUGGUAAAUAUUGCACUAUUAAUACAGGAAUCUAAUAUACUGUAUAACUGUAAUAUUGUAUCACAUAUCAUAUUGGUAUGUAAUAUUGUCCAGUAUUAUUACAAUAUUAAUACAGGUAUGUAAUAUUGUUUUUUUUUUGUGUUGUUGUUACUGACAGUGACUAUCCACAUAGUGUACAUGUUAUAGAGAAGAGUUGUAUAAUUUUUUGGCCAUGGAAGAAAAGAUCUCCUAGGGCACACUGUGGAACACUUGGUGGUAAUUAGUCCCGGUCUAAAUUUGCUCCUCUGGUCAGAGAAAAGACUGUGUAGCGGAUGAGCAGAAUUGUUCAAAAUGAAUUGUACUUUGGACAGAAUCCUCCUCUUUGCUACUACAUCCACAGGGUCAAGUUCCAUGCCUAGCACAGAUCCGGAUUUUAAUUCCCUUGUCCAGUCUGUUCCUAUCUGACACCUUUAUGUUACAGCCUCAACAGACCAGAGCAUAAAAAAUGACACUCGCCACAACGGUUUCAUAUAACAUCCGUAGAAUGGUGUUGCAGACGUUAAAAGACCUGACCCUUGGCAGAACAUGCAACCGGCUCUGUCCUUUCUUGUAGAGUGCCAUUGUGUUGAAUGACCAGUCGAUUUUGUUAUCAAGAUGAACUCCCAGAUAUUUGUAUUCUGAAAUUAAUGAACGUGACAUAAUUAAUGCUGCACAGUUGUGAGUUGGCAGAGUGAGCAACAGAGUGAGCUCAGUGUGGAGGUACUGGAAAAUCUGCUACCACUUUGGACUGACUGAGGUCCCCCAGGCAGGAAGUCCAGGAUCCAGUUGCAGAGGAAGGGUUUAAGCCCAGCAGCCUCAGCUUUUCAAUCAGGAAUGAUUGCACUUAUGAAAAUCUCACAGGCCUAGUAUGAGCAAGAAGACCGGUUCCUGUCUGUGGACGUCUGUGCCUCAGAUUUCUCCUACACCUUGUGACCGCUAUAAGCAUGCCAUUUGUGCUUACAAUGGGAAUGUGUACCUGUUCGGAGGUAGAGGGAAGCACUCAUUAAAAGAUUUUUGGAAAUACAAUGUGGUAUGUAACAAGUGGAUUGAGUUGGACUGUAAAGAUGACAAUGCACCUGAUGAAUUGGAGGAACACAGUAUGGUAGCUCAUCAGGGUGUCCUCUACAUUUUUGGAGGCUUGAGGGAUUCAGCAUAUUCUGACACAAAAACACCUUUCUGGUUGUUUGACACAGCUAAAGAACACUGGGUCUACAUAGAAGAGAAAAGUCCACAUUCUCAAAAUGGUCCACCAGCCAACAGAAAAGGACACAGUGCUGUUGUGUUGAGAUCCUCUAUGUUGAUUUAUGGUGGAUACAUUGACAUGCGAGGGGCCUCACAGGAAUUGUGGAGUUUCGAUACAGACUCCAGGCUAUGGUCACUCUUAAAUAUUACUCAAGCGGGUCCUGGACCUCGACACAGCCACUCUGCCAUCGUCUACCAGGACUACAUGUACCUAUAUGGUGGUCUGCAAGGUUUGAAGGAGCAGAGGGACCUGUGGAGAUGGUGCUGGAACAGCCAUACUUGGUCCUGCAUCAGAACCUUCUCAGGACCCUCUAAACUGAUGGGCCACUCAGCUGUGGUGUACAAGGACAGCAUGCUGCUCUUUGGUGGAGGAGAAACCCAGACUGCUCCCACUAACUGCUUGUGGAGUCUCGAUCUUACAACACUAACGUGGGAAAUGCUGUCUUCAUUGCCAGGAUCCAUUGCCCCAAUGCGAAUUCACCACCGCUGUGUGGGUUUUGGGCAAAAAUUCCAGCCCAGACCACCAAAUUAUAGCAGUAAAGAACUCUCCAUAUCCAAAAGCAAGGACAGCACAUUUAGACCCUUCAAGAACAAGUGUUUUCCUUCCAUUCCCAUACAGUUGCAGCCUAAGGAGAACAUAGAGCUACAAAAUCUGCAUAUGGGCUUAAAAAGUAAGACAUAUGGGAACUGCCUCACAUUUGAAAACCAUGUUGCUCAAAAGAAGAGGGAAAGUGAGCACUUAGAAAAUGAAACAGAGGACACUAUGGAGGUCCCAAUGCCUGACUUUCUCCUCAUAUUGGGAGGUAAACCUCUCAAAGACCAAGCUGCAAUUUCAUUGUGGCAAAUGACUCUGGGAGAUAGCUGAAAGUGUAUGAAAAGUUUAAUAAAAGCCAAUGCUGCUUUCUCAGAGAGAAAAAAAAAUAGCAUUGAUUGUCCUUUGUAAGGACAUAUAUUUACACUUUGAUCCAGCUGCUGAUAUGCUACUGACAUUGAUUUAUUAAUCUGAUUUAUGUAUGCUUUCUUUUGUAUGUAUGUGUGUGUAUACACCGCCUGACCAAAAAGUCACCAUUUCAGAAAGGGGAAAAUUAUAGGACUGCAUCAAGCAAAGAAAACAACUUAAGUUUUAAGUUACUGGAACUGGGUUAAGAGCCCUUCCACCCAGGAACUUUUUUUAAUGGCCCAAACAUGUGGAAAUUGUUUGGAGCGAGGUCAGGACUGUAUGGAUAUAAAAAUAAUUCCCAUCCGACUUCCUAUAAUGUGCAAGUGGUGUUGGUGAAUGAUUGUGUGUUUAGGUCCCACAGACAUGUCUCUCUUCUGCUCGUUGGCGACAAGUUAUGCAUCGAUUUUUUAAGGAUUGGGCAUUCCAGUAUCUGAAUGGUCACAGGAAUGAUUGCAGGAUCGUCAUUCACAGGCAUCUUUAAAAUGUUUGCACCAUUCAAAUGUUUUAUUGCAGCUAACAGUCUCAUCACUAUACUUUUUUUUAAUGUCAGUUUUACACCCUGUUUCACAAUAAAUUUCAUCAUGAGCCAUGGUUUGACAUUUGUAUGGAUAUAUAAUUAAUAUGUUUAUGCUUUUGUGUUUGUAUUGUAUUAGCAGAGAUCAAUGUAUUUUAUAUAUACAGUAUACUGUAAGCUGCAUGUAAUUACAGCCUUUUACUCUUAAUUACAAUUGUUUAAAAUUAUUGUGUGCUGUGCAUUAAACGUAUUUGUGAAGUAA